AUGGGCGAAUUCAAUGUAGAGCGAGUCUUAGUGGAUACCGGCAGCACGGUCAAUAUCCUGUUCUGGCAAACAUUGGAAAAAAUGGGUGUCACACUGGAACAAAUUAAACUAGAAGCUAGAACGCUGACGGGAUACGACGGCGUAGCCAAAGCAUCAAUGGGCGACGUGAAGCUGCAAGUCCAAGCUGGAGGUGUAACGCGCAAAUCCAAGUUCGUAGUCAUAGACGCCCCACCAAUCUACAACGCCAUCUUAGGUUCACCCUGGAUCUACUCGAUGCAGGCAGUCCCUUCUACCUAUCAUCUUUGCGUUAAGUUCCCAGCUGCUACGGGAAUUUAUACGUGA